AUGGAUUCAGAAACUCCUUUCACUGCACUAGCACCACCUGUCUUCAAAAAUGAAGGCUAUCAGAUCUGGGCAGCAAGAAUAGAGGCACAUAUGGAGGCAAAUGAUCUCUGGGAAGUUGUUGAGGAGGACUACGAAGUUCCUCCCUUGCCUGCAAACCCAUCCAUGGCGCAGAUAAAGAAUCAAAAAGAGAAGAAAACAAGAAAAUCAAAGGCUAGAGCGACGUUAUUUGCUGUAGUCUCAUUUGAAAUCUUUGUCAGGAUUAUGACAAUGAAAUCAGCGUUUGAGAUGAAGGAUUCAGAGACAAUCAGAGAGUAUUCUGAUAGAUUACUCAGCAUUGCCAAUAAUGUAAGAUUACUUGCCUAUGAAUUUCCUGAUUCUAGAUUGGUUCAAAAAAUUCUCGUAACAGCCCCUGAAAGGUUUGAAGCAACCAUUUCCUUGCUGGAAAAUUCCAAGGAUCUGUCAAAAGUUAGUUUGGCAGAACUAUUGAAUUCUUUGCAGGCACAAGAACAGAGAAGGCAUAUGAGGUCUGAAGGGUCUGUCGAGGGUGCAUUACCUGCAAAAGUUCAGUCAAACCAGGGAGACAAAGGGAAAAAAAAAAGUGGAACAAGAAGGAGAACUCAGGUUUUGAUUCUCCUAGGUUCAAUAGGGAAACAAAACAUGAUUUUCCUCCUUGCAAGCAUUGUGGAAAGAAAGGUCAUCCACAGUUCAAAUGCUGGAGAAGACCAGAUCAACAGUGUGAAAAAUGUUGCAAAUCAGGAAGAUGAGGAGCAACUCUUUGUAGCAACCUUUCUUGCAACUAGCAGCUCAAGUGACAAGUGGCUUAUUGAUAGUGGUUGCACCAACCACAUUACAUUUGAUCAUGAUCUCUUUAAGGAGUUGGAUACUUCAGUGAUUUCAAAAGUACAAAUUGGCAACGGAGAAUAUCUUCCAGCUGAAGGCAAAGGUACUGUGGCAAUAAAAAGCUCUUCAGGUACAAAACUAAUCAAAGACGUGUUUUUUGUACCUAAUUUAAGUCAUAGUUUGUUAAGUGUUGGCCAGCUGCUUGAGAAUGGUUUCAAACUUCUCUUUGAAAUCAAUUAUUGUCAAAUCAAAGAUGUGGAAGGUAAUAAUCUAUUCAAAGUAAUGAUGAAAGCAAAGAGAUUUACAUUGGAUCCUUUAGAGAAUGAGCAAAAAUCUUAUUCUGCAAUUAAGAUCAAUGCAGAAGUUUGGCACAAAUGGCUCAUACAUUUCAACCAUGCUGCUCUACUGAACUUACAGAGGAGAGAUCUAGUUCGAGGGUUGCUUAACCUUGAAGCUGAAAUACCAGAUUGCAAAACUUGUCGAUUGGGAAAGAAAACAAGGCUUCCUUUCAAGAAAGCAACCUAG